GUUUUUUUUCCUCAAACAGUCAAAGUAUAUAAAAAUGCAUCAUUAAAAAUCUGGCUAUGCCUACCGCGUUAAGCAAACAAAACUGAGUUCGCAUAAUUUACUUACGCGUAUAAUCCGCUUCAUAGAGGAGCAGAUAUCGUAUCGGCGAUUUGAUCUGCGCGAUUUACAGAUGUCGAUGCUCGAUUCGUUCUUCAACAAAGGCUUUAAAGCUCCGAGAUGUAAGACCUUGCUUAAAUUGACGAUUCCGCGGAUUAAGUUGUUGAGGAAUCGGAGAGAAAUUCAGCUUAAGCAGAUGCGGAGGGAUAUUGCUAAGUUGUUGGAGACUGGACAGGAAGCGACUGCUCGGAUUCGGGUUGAGCAUAUUAUAAGAGAGGAGAAAAUGAUGGCAGCGCAGGAGAUCAUUGAACUGUUUUGUGAGCUUAUCAGUGUUCGUCUUCCUAUUAUUGAAUCGCAGAGGGAAUGCCCUCUUGAUUUAAAAGAGGCAAUUUCAAGCAUCUGUUUUGCUGCACCAAGAUGUGCGGAUUUGCCAGAGUUGAUUCAGGUUCAAAUGCUCUUUGCUGGAAAAUAUGGGAAAGAAUUUGUGGUAGCUGCAACAGAGCUGAUGCCAGAAUGUGGUGUCAAUCGACAGUUGAUAGAAUUGCUUUCUGUCCGUGCUCCUGCCCCUGAUGUCAAGUUGAAGCUGUUAAAGGACAUUGCAGAAGAACAUGAAUUAGAUUGGGAUCCAACUGCCUCUGAAAGUGAAUUGUUGAAACCGCAUGAAGAUCUGCUGAAUGGUCCAACACAAUUUGUCAGUGAAACCAAAGUGCCCCUUCCAGAAGAAAAGAAAGAUGACGAUGUUGAUGAUACUGGCUCGGAACAAGUCCCUCAUUACGCAUCUGACUCAGAUGCUGGCUUUGACACAUCUGAUUUCCCUGAAGUUCCAACAGCAUCACUUCGUCCAAGUAAGGGGACUGGGACGGCCCCAGAGAUGCUCCCUUUCCCAGCUUCUGCCUUGUCUGGCCUUGAUCCUGAAUCAACAAACUCGUCAGGCGAUGAAGAAUCUUAUUCACAUGAUUUAAAGGCAGAGCUUGAGGAAAUGCUCAGAGAUAAACCAGAAAGUGAGGACUUCAAACCUCCUAGUACUUUGGUCGAUGAAGAUAAGCAGUUUCUGCCGUUCAUCUCUCCCCCACCACCGUCCUCUGUAUCUUUACCCCCACCAUCAUCUUCUACCGCUUUAGAAAGAGAAAUCAACCCUCCUCCAUCUGUUUUGAGGACCAGCACUGAUGAUGUGGAUUUGCUAGAUGUUUUGGCUGCAGCCCAGGCUGCUGCUUCUAGCGCUGAGCAUGCAGCAGCUGCUGCCCGCUCAGCUGCGAGCCUAGCUGAAUUUAGAAUUAAUGAAAUCGUCAGCAAAAGGAAUGUUGGGGGCUCUCAAAUUACAGGUGACAACCCUUUUCAUUCAGGCUCUUCAGUGUCAGAUACAGGGAAGAAACAGGCUCUUGAUCAUGAAAACUCAUUCACGGAUUCUGAUAUUUCAAAUUCUCUACACUCUCGUCUUCAUCUUGGUGACCACCCCGAGUUAGAGACAACCAAAUAUCCGGAAUAUGACAACUCAGAGCUGAAUUCUAAUCCCUCCAUUUCCGAGAACCUUAACCUUGGUCAAUAUACACCUCCACACCAGCCCAAACGAGUGGAUUCUCUAGAAGAUGAGUCAUAUCUCUCUUACCCAAACUUAUUCAACAGAGGGCCAAAUUCUGUAUCUCGCGAGCCUUCAUUUGAUGACAAAUUCGACUCUGCUGGGAAGCAUUGAGUUAAGUUUCUACCUGAGUUUAAUAUAUGUACCUUCAUUCUUGCAUCUCGAAUUAGAGUGAAGUCGUAUCGUGGUGUUUUGUUUACCUUAUACUGCCAUAUAGAUUGUUACAAUUAUGUACAUUCAAGUUUGUUUUUGUCAAUCCGAACAUGUUACCGUACUUGUUAUGUAAAACGAGAGUGAGAAUUGUUCUUUCAUC